AUGGAAAGCCAGAAAACCAACGGUAGCGUGAGCUUCUUCAAGAUGCCGCUCCACUACCCAAGAUAUACCAAGAAGGACUACCAGGACAUGCCUGAGUGGAAGGUCAACCGGCUUCUUGCCGAGUAUGGGUUGUCUACCAAGGGUGACUUGGCUCACAAGAGAGAGUUUGCAAUGGGUGCCUUUCUCUGGCCUGAGCUGCGCCAUGAUCCAAACCCUUCUUCAUAA